UCUCUUUAUAAAAGUACAAGAUCAAAACGAAUAUUUUGACAAUAUAAAGACUAGUAUAGAGAAUAAUAUAAAUCAAAAGUAAAAAUAUAUGGAUCAAAGUAAACAUGUUAAAAGUACAAGACCGCACUAGUAUUUUAACUCUAAUUUGUUUACUUGUAUUAGGAAUAAAUGAAAGUAGACAUAGGAUUGAGUACGGGGAUGAAAAUGAGUGGGGCAAGAAAGAAAUGGGAGUGCAAAACUUGUACGAUCCUAGCUUAAUAGUAAAUAACAUCUACUUCGUCUGAGACGCUAAAACUCUGGUGGCUGCAAUUUACUGUACUAAGAAAAAAGGAAAGAAAUGGGAGGGCAACACAGUAAAAAAGCGUAUGCAUGGAGAAGAAAUAACGACCCCAUGAAUUAAGAAGGGAAGGCGAGGCCAAGGAAACCGGCAUCCCUCUCGCAGAUCCACAUUAACAUGAAACUGAACGUCUUUCUCUACUCAGACGAUCGAAAUUGAAUCCAAUUGUCAUCUCUAUAUUCCCCCAUUUCCAUUUCUCCCUUUGGAAGCCUCUCUCCUCGGUCCCUCUCUGUUUCUCCCGCUGCUCACCUUCAAUUUCAAAGGUAUAAAAGAUGGCAGAUACAGAGGACAUUCAGCCUCUCGUAUGUGAUAAUGGAACAGGAAUGGUUAAGGCUGGAUUUGCUGGGGAUGAUGCUCCCCGAGCAGUCUUCCCUAGCAUUGUUGGCCGUCCUCGUCACACCGGUGUGAUGGUCGGCAUGGGCCAGAAAGAUGCUUAUGUUGGUGAUGAGGCUCAAUCUAAGCGUGGUAUUUUGACACUAAAAUACCCAAUUGAGCAUGGUAUUGUGAGCAACUGGGAUGACAUGGAAAAAAUCUGGCAUCACACGUUCUAUAACGAGCUUCGUGUUGCGCCAGAGGAGCACCCUGUACUCCUAACUGAGGCUCCUCUUAACCCCAAGGCUAACCGUGAAAAGAUGACCCAAAUCAUGUUUGAGACCUUCAACACUCCUGCCAUGUAUGUGGCUAUUCAAGCUGUUCUCUCACUAUAUGCCAGUGGUCGAACAACUGGAAUUGUGUUGGACUCUGGGGAUGGUGUGAGCCAUACAGUCCCCAUAUAUGAGGGUUAUGCUCUCCCACAUGCCAUUCUUCGACUUGACCUUGCUGGCCGUGAUCUUACUGAUAACUUGAUGAAAAUUCUGACGGAGCGUGGAUAUUCGUUCACUACCUCAGCAGAGCGUGAAAUUGUGAGGGAUAUGAAGGAAAAGCUUUCAUAUAUUGCCCUUGACUAUGAGCAGGAACUCGAAACUUCCAAAACCAGCUCCUCAGUUGAAAAGAGCUAUGAGUUGCCUGAUGGGCAAGUCAUCACCAUUGGCUCUGAGCGUUUUAGAUGCCCGGAAGUGCUUUUCCAGCCAUCCAUGAUCGGAAUGGAAGCAGCAGGCAUUCAUGAAACCACAUAUAAUUCUAUCAUGAAGUGCGACGUUGAUAUCAGGAAGGAUCUGUAUGGCAACAUUGUACUUUCUGGUGGUUCGACCAUGUUUACAGGCAUCGCUGAUAGAAUGAGCAAGGAAAUCUCCGCACUCGCUCCGAGCAGCAUGAAGAUUAAGGUGGUGGCACCUCCAGAGAGAAAAUACAGUGUCUGGAUUGGUGGUUCUAUCUUGGCCUCUUUGAGUACCUUCCAGCAGAUGUGGAUUGCAAAGGCAGAGUAUGAUGAAUCUGGGCCAUCGAUUGUGCACAGGAAAUGCUUCUAAAUGACAAGAAACAGAACGGCUAAGACGUGGGAGUACUGUUUUAUGUCUCGGAAUGAAAGGCUACAGCCUUUUUCGUUCUGGCUUUAUUAUCCUUCUUUAUCGUUCUAAUGUUUAAGUAAUUGAUUUCAAGAAGGUAUUGGAGUUGGUUUCCGAGACAACACCAUUCUUUUAUUAAUAUUUGUGUCAUCGCCUUCUGCUCUAAUCAAAAUUGUUCUCGUAA